CUCGUCAUGAACAACUACAUGAGCGCGUUCGCAGCGCAAGCUGACGCGCCGAAUACGCUGCGAGGCGGCCAGCAGCCCAGGACGUCCAUGGUCCCGGUGUUUCUCAAGGACGACCAGCAGCGACUCCUCCUCUUGCAGGCUGGCAGCGGAGGCGGGAUUCCUGGAAUGUGGGCUCUGAUUCAGGUAUUGGGCUGCAUCUCCGAACGCAACGCCUCGUUCUGCGUGCGGUCUGAGCGUAGGAUCCGUCCUGCACUGCCCUCGAGCCAAGACAAGGGUCCCGACAUUCAGCCAACGGCCAGUGGAAUAUUCACCAAGGGGCCCCUGGCGUCCUGGCUCGCCCCGAGUGACGACGUGCACUGUGACGGCGCCAGCGAUGGUGAGAGAGCGACAGUGCAGCAGAAGUUGGAAGCCCUCGAUUCGAAGGACUACUGCAAGAGGACAAAAGUUUGCAAUGGCUCGAAGGCCUUAAUUCUGAAGGAAACAAAUGAGUUGAUAUAUAGCUAAGGAUCUUCUCUAAUAAAGACAAGAGGAACAUCGGUGGA